GACUGCUAAAAGAAACUUCGGUGGCACUGAUGCCUUUCGAAGUCAGUGAUCAUUUCAUCUUGAUUCAACGAGAUAACGAUCUCCAAGCAAUAACUAGAAGGUCGUUUUUGAUUGCGUCGAUUUUGGAGAAAGAUCGUCUCAGCAUCCCCUUUGGGUCCGGGAUGGCCCGGAGCCGGGUCGUAGCGCAACUCCCUUGCGCAUCCACGCCCCCGGUCAUCAAGAUCGUCAUCUGUUUCUCCUAGCGACGCCGGAAUCUCUGCCAACUCAGUUAUUAGUGCAUCGUUUAAGUGUCGAGAUUGUCGAGAAUAAUGAUGGCAUCUUCGGUUCCACUUCAGUACCAUCAAGGAUCUAGUGCGCAAUCGCAUCAGAUCCCCCCACUCAAUUUACUCGCAGCAACCUGCAAUAGGAUGUAUACUCCUCAACCCUUUGGCAGUCACACCCAGCUCUCUCCAGCCUCAACUACAUCCUGUAGCAGCGACGGAUACGUCUCCCAGGUCCCACUGGAAUCAGCGCGAUCACCUUUGGAGUACUCGCCACAUUAUCAACCUUCCUACGGUCAUUACCCGAACCAAUAUUGGUUCCAGCAUUCACCGCCUCCUGCAGACAUUGCAACUAGCGGAUAUCAGCCCCAGCAAACAGUAAAUCAACAAUACCAGUGGGCACAGGCAAACUACAUUAGCCCUUUCUCGUCAAAAAUGAUGAUCAAACCGGAAAUUGGAGUUUCUGAGUAUUCAUCGUACUCUUCCAAGGCGAGGAGGUGUAUCAAGUGCCAGUGUCCGAAUUGUAUCAACGAAGAAAAUGGAUUGAGAAAGCCUUCAUCGAAGAAAGUCCAUAUUUGUCACUAUCCAGGUUGUGACAAAGUUUAUGGAAAAACUUCUCAUCUUCAAGCUCAUUUGAGAUGGCACACAGGAGAAAGACCAUUCGUGUGCAAUUGGUUGUUUUGUGGAAAACGGUUCACGAGGUCAGAUGAGCUUCAAAGACAUCUCAGAACACAUACCGGUGAAAAAAGGUUUGCUUGCAACAUUUGUUCAAAGAGAUUCAUGAGGUCGGACCACCUCACCAAGCACUUGAAAACACACAAGAACGGUGGAAAUAAUGGCAAAAAGGAAGAGUUGACGACCCUUAAGGAUGAGGAUUCACCAUCUUUAACAACAAAGGUCGAAAUCCAACCAGCUGUGAUUAAAUCCCAAUCUUCACAAACCAGUAUGCCACAACCUCAUCUAGCCCAAUAUAACUUAUUACAUUCUGGUAGUUUAUAUGGCGGAUAUCAAGGACUGUAUUUGCCAAAUAUUAGUGAACAAUGACUUGUAUAAUUCAUGUUAUCAAGGCAAUAUUUGGGACCAGUGUAAAUAUUUUCGAAUUAUGUAAAUAUGUAUAUAUUGACAAAUGUGCAAAGACUUUAUUUUGUUAUCUAUUAAAUGCCAUACUUUUUA